AUGCGCGCAGCUCCGACGGUGACAAGUCGCGCGGACGUUAUGCUCCAGCCAAACUACUUCACAUCCAAUAUUUAUGUCACUCAGCUAGAGGAGGACCUGAAGAACCUCGUCCAGGUCUUUGAGGAAGAACGCAAAGCACAACCCAACGCCAGCCCUUUCCGCGUGUUCAGGGAAGUAUGGUCUGCAGAAGGGUGGCCUUUUUUGCACUACCGCGUCUUCGACGCUCGAUCCAGAGAGGUAUCCCUCAAAACAACUCUACGAAUAUUCCUUCAGGAUGCAAUUGACGCGAAGAAAGACCUGACAGAGCGCGCAGUCGCUUGUUUUGCGCUCUUCACCUUCUUUGAGACGCAGCCGACAGACUGCUCCCCUCGGCUGCUCUUCGUCGAUCGAAUACCAGUCGCCAAAGACCAAUACACGACCUUGGUUGAGUUGCCCCGCUUACUGACUGGCACUCACCAAUCGCUACAACCGCCCACGGCGUUUAUACUGGCGAACCUCGUUCGACAGCAAGUAUUCCACAUCUUGCCACACUCAAACCUCGGGCCACACAACCCGAGGAAUCUGCCUCGGGAGGUUUAUGCGGAUUCUUCCACCUUCGUUGAUCUCAAAGAAGUUGCUGUCCAACGCAAGCCUGGCCGUCCAUCAAAACGCGACCAGAGCCAACGAGCGAAGGCGGGCUGGCAAACCCUGGUCACUUGCUUGAACAGAACAACCGGGCCAUCAGUCCUCUCCGCGACAUCCACGCACGAAGAAGCCAUGGCACGUCCUUCCGGGUCCAGCACCCAGUAUCAUGCGGACAAGACGGCCCUGCUCAGGGCGCUCGACGACGACAGCGACGCGAUGUCCCUGGUCGCCGAGGCCUCCCGAGAGGCGCUCUCGCGGAUGGAGCAGAUCCGGGACGGCGCGAAGGCAUCGGUGCAAGAAGGCGGGCUCCGCCGCGCGCGGGAUGCUUUGCAGACAUCCAGCGGUCUCCUCGACCUUCGACGCACCGCGUCCCCGACCGCGAGCACGUAA